CAAGGGGGAGGAAUUGGGGUAGUUGAGAGGAAGGAAUUGGAGAGAUGCCUCGACCGUCGAGGGACACUUACGGCGACCAGAAGCCGCCAUAUUCCUACAUCUCGUUGACAGCGAUGGCGAUAUGGUCGUCGAGGGACAAGAUGCUGCCGCUGGCCGAGAUCUACAAGUUCAUCGCCGAUCGCUUCCCCUAUUACAGGAAGGACACUCGAAGAUGGCAGAACUCGUUGAGGCACAACCUUUCCUUCAACGAUUGCUUCAUCAAGGUGCCAAGAGGGCCCCACCGUCCUGGCAAGGGCGCCUACUGGGCUCUUCACCCGGCAGCUCUCUCCAUGUUCGAGAACGGCUCCCUCCUACGGCGCAGAAAACGUUUCAAGCUGCACAAACCCGACAAGGAACUGUUGAAAUCCGAGCUUCAGGCCUUGGCGUCCGCCAUGCCGCCUCCUCAUUCCGAAUCCUCGCCCGUCCUGUCGAUAAAUCCUAACGCGCAGACGAGCAGCCUCACCGUUGCCAAUCUUCAUCGUCUUCGCGACGAUUUGCUCCGUUGGGAGUUGCAGGAGCGCCGCCUAACCAUGACUUCCGGCGGCAACAGCUCGCCAAGCUUCUCCACGCCCGAGGCUGGAUCGAGUUACUAUCUACUGUCACCAGAGGUUCGACAGAGACUGGCCGGAACGGACGAGAUCCUUCGUGGUUACGAGAGCAACCUGUUGCAGGCAGGAAGUUGGAGCUUCCCAGGCUUCCAGGUGUCCCCGUACGUGUCUCAGCUCUCCUACUUUCAGACAGAUAUACCGGAAAGUAGACAGAUCUGCGCUGGAAACGCAGAGGCUGGUGUCCCCGAAAAGACUGACUCCAGGCUUUUCCUGGAGACCGCGAGAGGCGCCACGAUCGAGUCUGCCGAUGGNNAAGUUCGUUGUCCGCCGUUGGAGGCUGGAAUUUCCAAUCAGACGAGUAUCCAGCCUGGACAGAAGAAGAAGAAGAAACCGUUCACUAUCGAGAAUAUUAUCGCGCCGGACGAUGAACAGAUUUCAAGUAACUCCGAGGACGAGAAGAGAUCUUCGGGCCACCUUCUGGUACCUAGACCGCUUUACGCCGGAUUCUCAUUCGGCCUGCCCACGAGUAAGGUACCGUACGAGACUGCCACCUGAAUUUACUAGAUUCGACUAGUGUCUAGUGGAUAAUUUGAAGCGAACUGGAACGCUGGUGGCGCGACGAUCGACGUUCAGACGAGGCGCUAGUGGAUACACAGAUUCUGGUGAUGAAUGAAAUUAACGGAUCCUGUUUGUGCGCUUCUCUUUCUCUUUCUUUCUCUCUCUUUCUAUCUCUCUCUCUCGUGUUCUCGAGAAGAUUUUUUUUCGAGCGUGAAAAGGAAGGGAAGACUUUUCUGGUGGUGUGAAACUAUGAAUCGAAAUGUUUCAAGAGGUUUUGCUUUUGGAAUUGAGGAAAUGAUUACAGAAGGUUCCUCUUUUAAACUUGAUUGAAUAGAUAUCCUGAGGAUUUCGAUUACU